CUCCGUCCGGUGAAUUGCCUCCGGUCAGUUGCUGUUCCUGGGUCACCUCUGGACGUUCGCCGGACAGCUUUCAAGUUUUCCUCGUGUGUUGGCCGAGACGAGACCGUGAAUUCCGUCGAAUUUCUUCUCUCGCCGUAGUCCUGACGGAGGCCUGGAAAAAAUGCGUCUCAAGUUUGCAGCAAACUUGUCGUUCUUGUUCCAAGAGCAAGGGUCCCUGUUGGAACGCUAUGCAGCAGCCAAGGCAGCCGGGUUUCGGGCAGUUGAGUGUGCGUUUCCGUACGAACAUUCGGUCGAUGAAGUUGUGAAAGCGAAGGAUGAAGCUGGAGUUGAGCAAGUCCUCAUUAACAGCGUCCCAGGCAACCUGAGCAAGGAUGAAUUGGGGACUGCAGCUCUUCCUGGAAGAGAGGAUAGCUUUCUCAGUGGCAUUGAGACAAGCAUAAAGUAUGCAAAGGCCCUCAACUGCUCCAGGAUUCAUAUCAUGGCAGGGAAGGCACCCAGGACAUUUUAUGAUGCUGCCAUGAAUGACUGCUAUCUGGAGAAUCUCAAGGCUGCUACAAACCGCUUCUCAGAAGAGAACAUCACUGGCCUCAUUGAGCCAAUCAAUCAGGCCAGUGUCUCAUACUAUUUCCUUCAUGAAUUUGAGACAGCUCUUGGUGUCAUUAAGAAAGUGGAUUCUCCCAACUUGAAGUUGCAAGUUGAUGUGUUUCACCUGCAAAAAAUCUGUGGAAAUAUCACAUCUCAUCUCACUGAAUGGAUGCCCUUGAUUGGCCACAUUCAGGUUGCCCAGGUUCCAGAUCGGCAUGAGCCCAAUUCUUCCGGAGAGAUCAACUUCAGAUACUUAUUCAAUUUGUUGGAGAAACUGGAAUAUGAUGGAUGGAUUGGAUGUGAAUACAAGCCAUCCACUUCAGACUCUGCUGCAUCCCUUUCUUGGGUCGAAGAAUAUGGCCUUCAGCUGUAG